GCCAAGUUGCCAUGCUGGCUCCAUGGGCCUGGCGGCCGCCGGAUCCAGGUGUGCAUGUAGUCAUGCUCAUGACCCGACGGAAGCACAUCGAGCAUGCAGACUCUUGGCUAGGGGUGCGCACGGCUUGGGAGCGCCUCCUCAUGGAACGCAGCCUCGCGCUCAAGGGCGAGAUGCAGAUGUACAUUUGUUGCUUGCUGCCAUGGUUCUGGCCCUUGCGAUGGAUGUGGCGGUAUCGAAUUCGAUCAUGCCUUGGAUGCCUCCGCCAGAGAUUAGCGACAAGCUGCGAUAUGAGGUCCGACACGAUGGCGAGCCGGACACGACAAGUUCCAGCCUCUUCAAGAGCGCGCAUCGGCUUGGCUCGAGGCUUCAGGUCAAGCAGCUUUUCUUGCGAUCCGUGGAGGUGUUGAAGCAAUCGAUUCUCCCAAGGCUUUGUUGUUUCGAGACAUCCCUGCUAGCUUGUGGAAGCGACUUCAAUGCACGCAUCAGAAUCAGUGCAGCAGUAGGGCUCUACCCCUUUGCAGACAGAGAUGUGCGACGGUGCUGGCAUUGGGCACGUCUUGUGCAGGUUUCUGUGACGGAUGAGCCACCUCCAGUAGAGCAUCCGGUUUCGGAGCCUGUGACGAAGCAAUACCUCCUGCGUGCUCGACAGUGCCCACAUGAUCGUGCUCGCAUGCAGCAACAUUUUUUGGAUUUGAUUGCAGACAAAGGGCUGCAGUUGUAUGCAAAGCAAGAGGAAGCCAUCUAUGCUGUCUUUGGAAACUCCCACGUUGUACUCAGCACACCAACUGGCAGUGGCAAGUCCCUCGUGGCGUCGGCCAUGCUGUUCCGCUCAAUUGCCGAGGGCAAGAGAGCCUAUUACACGUGCCCGGUGAAAGCCUUGGUUAGCGAAAAGUUCUUUUCCUUGUGCCAUGACUUCGGGCCGGAUUUGAUCGGGAUGGCAACAGGUGAGGUUUCAAUCAACCCCACUGCUCCUGUGAUUUGCUGUACGGCUGAAGUUUUAGCCAACGUGGCUCUGCGAGAUGGACCUGCCGCAGAGCUUAGCUACGCUGUCAUGGACGAGUUCCACUUCUUUGACGACAAGGGCCGUGGCUAUGCAUGGGAAGUUCCUCUCUUCAGGCUGCCACACGUGACGUUUCUGCUCAUGUCUGCAACGAUGGGAGACAAUCCGGCCUUGUAUGCGAACCUUACGGCAUACACAGGCCGCAAUGUGGAGACGAUAACAUCAACAGACCGUCCGGUUCCACUUGACUGGUCCUACCUUUUCGAGACAGCAAAAGAUGCCAUUGACGAGUUGGUCGCCUCGGGACGCACACCCGUGUAUGCGGUUUGCUUUACCCAGCAAGAUGCGGCUACCUUGGCACAAUCACUGGUCUGCAAAGAACUCGCGCCGAGUGAGCAAAGAAAGGAGAAAUUGGCAGAGCAGUUCAAGGACAUGGAGUUUGACACGCCUUACGGGGACAGAUUGAGGCAGCUUCUCAUAAAUGGUAUCGGCUUGCACCACGCCGGGUUGCUUCCCAAGUACCGGCGCCUCGUAGAGCAGAUGGCCCAAGCGGGGUUGCUUACGUGUAUCUGUGGUACCGACACCCUCGGAGUCGGAGUCAAUGUGCCCAUCCGAAGCGUACUGUUCACGCAGCUUUGUAAAUACGACGGUGAAGCAACUGUUCUCGUGACCCCUCGUCAGUUUCAUCAGAUUGCAGGAAGGGCCGGAAGGAGAGGGUACGACACCAAAGGCAGUGUAGUGGCGGUGCAUCCUGCCCACGAAGUGUACAAUAAAAAGCUGCAAGAACAGAUCAAGGUUGCAGAAAACAAGAAGGAGCGCGAGCGGCUAAAGAGGCGGCUCCGGUCUGCGAAGAACAACUUCGUCGAUUGGGACGAGGAUACGUUUGCAAAGCUGCGAACAUCAUCCCCGGCACCGCUCCGGUCACGCUUUCAGCUUAGCCAGGGCCAUGUGCUAAGCCUUUUGCAAGGUGCUCAGGAGCACGGUCGGGACGGACUUGCUGAGGUUCAUGAGCUUAUUUCUUUGUCCCUAUGUGGCAAGAAGAACAAAGAGCACUUGGCUCAGCAAGUGGACCAGUACAUACAGGCACUGUCCGGCGCAGGGCUCAUCGUAAGGCAGGGAGAUGUACUGCAAGCUGAUAGUACCUUACAGCGCGAUUUUCUCUUGAUGGAAGACGUCUCCCUCUUCUUAGUGGACGUUUUGCCUCUGCUGCAGUGGGGCUUUGCUGGAGACAACUGGAAGCUAGCCAAAGCAGUCCUUUCAGUGGUGGAAGCCAUCUGCGAGGAACCGAUAGCAGUGGUGCGUGCGCAGGCAGGAGACCGCCGCAGACCAGGAUACCAGGAUCAGAAACUGUCGCAAAAGGGCGCACGUGCCAAACAGCGGAAGCAGCCGCGGUUGCCUUGUGAAGACGUGCUGUGGCCUGCCUUCGAGAACUUCUUGAAGCGACACCCAUGGGUGUCACGUGAUGCUUUGAAGCCAAAAGCAAUUGCACUGGAAAUGUUCGAGGCCCAGAUGUCGUUUUCAGAUUUCAUCAAGAAGCUAAGCCCACUCGACAAGUCCAAGCGCGUGCUCCAGCAAGAAGGCUUACUUUUGCGCUUUUUAUCGCAAGUGCACAAGACCAUGAAGCACAACGUACCUGAUGAUUUCAAAACAGAUGAGGUGCUUGAGAUCGAAGCAUUCCUGCUGGCAGCAAUAAAUGGCACGGACUCGAGUUUGUUGCGUGAAUGGGAGGCCUUGAAGGAGCUGGAAUCAGUUAAUUUCGAGGAUGAGACAGGGGUGGAAGCACUUGCUUCCGCAGAGCAAAGCUUGACAGCCGCAUCUGCAAGCAGAGCAUUUACUGGCAAUGCUCCAGAAACGGAGAGUGAAUUUCGGUUUCUGCAGGCAAGAGCUCGAGUGGAAGCUCAGAGAUUUGCACGGCAUUUAGCAAGGGGCAGAUGGAAAGAAGCUUCAAAGUCACUCCGGCAGGACACGGAUGAUGUUUGGGAUGCUGACUCUCUUCGUGAGCAUAUCAUUGCAGAAGGCCGCAGGCCUUUUGCAAAAGACUCUUACAGUAUUCAAAUCGAGAUGGACACUCUGGAACACGGGCUACAAGUCUUCGGUGAAAUCUUGGAUGAAGAGAGUCGGACCGCUUUACCAUGGCUGGAGUUUGAAGUGGGCGCACCGUGGCCCUCGAACAGCUUCGAGGCAUUGUUCCAGCUGCAGUCUCUCGACUGA